AUGGGGCAGGCUCUGGGGCUCCCAGCCCCCCACAACCUGAGCUGCGUUUCCUACAAAGACCCCAGCGUGAGGGGGGGGCUGGAUGGGGCCGGGGGCGGGGGCAAGGUUGGCACCGUUCGGUGCCCCCCCCGGCAGUGCUGCAUCGGCAUCUGGAACCAGAGCCACGCGCUCGUGCAGGGUUGCUGGGGGGGCGGGGGGGUCGCCUGCCCCUCUGCCAACUGCACCCCCAGCCCCGCGGGCCCCCCCGGGGGGACCCUCCUGGUGUGUCUGUGCCAUGGGCACCUCUGCAACGGCAAUGGCAACGGCCCCGGCCCCGCGGGGGGGCACCGGAACGGCCCCGCACCCAGCCGUGUGGGGACCCCUUGGCUGUGGGGUGCUGCCCCCCUGCUCCUCCUCCUCCUCUUCCUCACCUGCCUGGCUGCCCUCGGGCUGCGCCGAGGGAGGGUCCCCCCAGCGCGACCCCCCAGGAGGUGGCAGACGGUCAGGGUCCCCCCAGCCCCCCCCAGCCCGGAGCUGCCAGCGCUGCACUUCCUGCAGGUGCUGCAGGCCGGGCGGUUCUCGGCCGUGUGGCAGGGGACGCUGCGGCGCCAGCCGGUGGCCAUCAAAGCGUUCGCGGCCGGCGGCGCCGAGCGGUUCGCGGCCGAGCGGGAGGUGCUGCGCCUGCCGCUGAUGGAGCACCGCAACGUGGCCAAGCUGCUCCGCACCGCCCGCGCCGGGGGGCCCCGCGCCCGCGGAGGGGUCCUGGUCCUGCAGCUCUACCCUGCCGGCUCCCUGCGGCACUUCCUGGCACAGCAUGUGGGCACCUGGGCUGGCAGCGUGCGCCUGGCACUGUCCCUUGCCCGCGGGCUUGCCUUCCUGCACCAGGAGCUCUGGCGGGACGGCCUGUACAAGCCCAGCGUGGCACACCGGGACCUGAGCAGCCAGAACGUGCUGGUGCGGGACGAUGGCUCCUGCGCCAUCGGCGACUUCGGACUGGCCCUGGCGCUGCCACCAGGGGGCCAGGAGGGCACCGGCGCCAGGCACGGAGCCCUCAUCCGCAAGGCAGGCACCCAGCGGUACCUGGCCCCUGAGAUCCUGGACGAGAGCCUGGACCUGCGGGCAUGGGGCCGGGCACUGCGCCAGGCUGACGUCUACGCCCUGGCACUGCUCCUCUGGGAGAUCCUCUCACGCUGCCAGGCCCUCAGCCCCGGAGCACCUGUGCCCCCCUUUCGGCUGGCAUAUGAGGCAGAGCUGGGUGCCAGCCCCACGGGUGCCCAGCUGCGGCACUUGGCCGUGGAGGAACGACGGCGACCCCUCAUCCCCCCAGCCUGGCACCACGGCCCCCAGCCCGCGGGGGCUCUGCCGGAGCUGCUGGAGGAUUGCUGGGACCCCGACCCCGAGGCCAGGCUCUCUGCCGAGAGGGCUCUCCAGCGGCUCCAGCGCCUGGCUGCCGGCCCCCCGCCACCCAACAGCCCUCUCUUGACGGCUGCAGCCCCUCCGGGGGGUGCCGGCCUCGGGGGGGGUCCCCCCGCGGCAGCGGAGCGAGAGGUGAGAGAGGAGGGAACCUCAGACGGGGGAGGAGAGGCGGGCGGCAGGACCCGGGCGGCUCCCUUCACUCCGGCCCCGCCCAUGGGCGGAGCCAGCCAGCACGGUCACGCCUAUCGGCGUGGAGGAAUGUGUGCAUGCCCCGCCCACAGGGCGGGGUCGGGACACUGCGGCCCGCAGGAAGUGACGUUUAACAGCGUCCGGUACGAACAGGCAUGGAACAUGGCCGACAGGAAGCUCUUCGCACCAAGACUCCAGCUCCCGACAUGCCUCGGGGCACAAAACGCGGUGACAGGAAGUAACAUCAUCAGGACCCCAGCGUCCGGAAUGCCCCCGGCAAACAACGUGGCCGACAGGACGUGA